UCCCUGGGACAAUAUGUUCAAGAGAAUGGGGGAAUUUGGGCCUGACUCCGGCGGGAGAGUGAAGGGGGUUACCAUCGUUAAGCCAAUAGUUUAUGGUAAUGUUGCCCGGUACUUUGGGAAGAAAAGAGAAGAAGAUGGGCAUACCCACCAGUGGACAGUGUAUGUAAAGCCAUAUAGAAACGAGGAUAUGUCAGCAUAUGUGAAGAAAAUUCAGUUUAAAUUACAUGAAAGCUAUGGCAAUCCUUUAAGAGUUGUUACUAAGCCUCCCUAUGAAAUUACUGAAACAGGAUGGGGUGAAUUUGAAAUAAUCAUCAAAAUAUUUUUCAUUGACCCCAGUGAAAGACCUGUAACUCUGUAUCACUUACUAAAGCUGUUCCAGUCUGACACCAAUGCAAUGCUGGGGAAAAAGACGGUGGUUUCAGAGUUCUACGAUGAAAUGAUAUUUCAAGACCCAACGGCAAUGAUGCAGCAACCAUUAACAUCUCCUCAGCUAACAUUAGGAGCCUGUAAGCAUGAAACAGAAUUUGCAGAACUUGAAGUGAAAACCAGAGAAAAACUAGAAGCUGCCAAGAAAAAAACAAGCUUUGAAAUUGCAGAGCUUAAGGAGAGAUUAAAAGCAAGUCGUGAAACUAUAAAUUGUUUGAAAAAUGAAAUCAAAAAGCUUGAAGAGGAUGAUCAGACGAAAGACAUAUGAGCAGCUGGUAGUGAGAUAAC